GCGCAUAGUGCGGCGGGUCCCGGUGCCUGCGUCAUGGCAUCCAAGUGCCCCAAGUGCGACAAGACCGUGUACUUCGCUGAGAAAGUAUCCUCUUUGGGCAAAGACUGGCACAAGUUCUGCUUGAAGUGUGAACGCUGCAACAAGACCCUGACCCCAGGGGGCCAUGCUGAGCACGAUGGGAAGCCCUUUUGCCACAAGCCCUGCUAUGCGACACUGUUUGGACCCAAAGGUGUGAACAUUGGUGGAGCUGGGUCCUACAUCUAUGAAAAGCCUCAGAUUGAAGGGCAGACGGCUCCAGGGCCCAUUGAGCAUGUUUCAAAGGUGGAAGAGAAGAAGGUCAGCGCCCCACCCAAAGGACCUAGCAAAGCCUCCAGUGUCACCACCUUCACUGGAGAGCCCAACAUGUGCCCACGCUGCGGGAAGAGAGUCUACUUUGCUGAGAAGGUAACUUCGCUGGGGAAGGACUGGCACCGGCCCUGCUUGCGCUGUGAACGCUGCAGUAAGACUCUAACCCCUGGGGGCCAUGCUGAGCAUGAUGGGCAACCCUACUGCCAUAAGCCCUGCUAUGGGAUCCUCUUUGGGCCAAAGGGAGUGAACACUGGAGCUGUGGGAAGUUACAUCUAUGACAAAGACCCUGAAGCAAAGGACCAGCCCUAGGAGGUUCCUUCCUAUCUGCCCACCACAGGCCACUCACACUGCAUCCUCAUUACUAAACUCCUGUUUGUAGAAGUAGCUUAGCUCGGUGAUGGUGAAGUCCCGCAUUGGAGCAGACCUUAGCCCGGCUGGUCACAGAGCUGUGCUCUCUCUGCUGUUUGUAUUCUGGGCAGGGUGGCCCUGCCUUCUGGAUUUUAUAAUAUAGUCUAUAAUAUAAGCUUUGAUGUUUAAAGGCAAAGGUAGAAAGCAUCUCUCUGGUCACUCCCAACAUGCCUGACUCUCUUCUAAACCCUCAGUGGGGUUCUCUGUUGACCCCUAUGCCCUCAAUUGCAUCCUAGGCAGUGGGUGGGGGUUGAGGGAGAAUUUUUAUGGGCAUAACUCUUAGUCACCUGGCACAUCAAUUUUAAACCCUCUCCAAGUGGUCUGACCAUGUGGGGUGUUCUGGGGGAAGGGGCCUUGUCUGGGUUCCAGUUUGCAGUCCUGAUGUGAUCCACAGCUAGUGCAGGCACUUGCUGCACUGCCACUUGAACGGUGCUGAAUUCCAGCUCGUCCCUAUUGAACUGCGGUCCCAGAGCAGUGUGAGACUUGGCUGUUUCUCGUGGCUGUGAGGUUAGAGGAGCUUGCAGAUCAGGGCACAAAUCACUACAAAGUGGGGUGGGGUGGCACUGGGUAGCC